AUGGCGAACCAACAAAAGCGAUCUGUCCUCGUAACUGGAUGCUCCCAGGGCGGUGCUGGAAAUGCACUGGCUUUGGAGUUUGCGGACAAGGGAUACCGCGUCUUUGCCACCGCUCGCUCCCAGAAGACCCUUGGCAACUUGAGGGAGAAGGGGAUUGAGACUCUUGUUCUCGAUGUUACAGACCCCGACAGCAUUCGGGCCCUCGCGGUCGAGAUUGCGAGUCGCACCCAAGGACGCCUAGACAUGUUGAUUAACAACGCUGGAACACUGUACGAAGCGCCAGCCGUCGAAGCCGAUCCAUCUCGCGUACGUCAACUCUUUGCCACGAACGUCUUUGGCCUUAUGGAGAUGGUUACUGCCUUCACGCCUCUCCUUCUAGCCUCCGUUGCUCCAAACUACACGCCGACCAUUGUCAACAUCGCCUCCAUCCUGGCGCGCCUCCCAGGCCUUUUCUCCUCCGCCUACAACGCGAGCAAAGCAGCUGUCGUGUCCUACUCGGAUACGCUCCGACUGGAAGUCCAACCUCUCGGUCUGAAGGUGGUGACAUUAUACAUGGGCGAGGUUUCAACGCCGUUGAUGGCGACCGAAAACAUCAACUUUGGCCCCGACAGCAUGUACCGCGACGUGGAGGACUCUGUCAAGGCGAGAACGACGACACAUCUCGCAAAUACGAUGCAGCCAGCUGAGUUUGCCCGCCAAGUCGUGAGCGCCUUGAUCAAUGGCAAGGAUUCAUUCCUGUGGAAGGGUACCAACGCGUUCGUCGUGUGGCUUUUGAACGCAGUCGGUCCGAGAACCGUGUUUGAUGGUAUCAUGAAAAAGUCAGGUGGCUUGAACAAGGCCGAGGUCAGGGAGAGCGUCUUCAAGCUGGGUCAAGAGCGAGCCAAGAGUGGCUAA